UCUGCAUAAAUAGGCCAGUUCUUCAGAGGUUCAGCACAUUGUCUCCUGUCCUGCAGCUGGUCAAAUUCUACUGAAGUAGAGAUGAGGUCUUUUUUGUUUCUGGGGACGUUGCUUGUCUGUGGUCUGGUCGGGGCCCAGGAAACCAUAGAAAGCCAGCUGCAACAAGUCUUGGCCAGAUUGGACAAGCUUGAGAGGGAGAAUGAAGAGAGAGUUGCCAGGACUCAAGUGGCGUUCUCGGCUGCUCUCGUCAAUUCAACGACAUGGACCGAUGUGGGGCCUUUUAAUAGAUAUAAGACGCUGGAGUUUAAGAGAGUGAUAACUAACAUCGGCAACGCAUACAACCCAGACACAGGAAUUUUCACAGCCCCGGUAAAAGGACUCUACUACUUCCGGUUCACCGGAGUGGUCGGCAGUUCAGGGCUGCUGAAUGCAGGAUUGAAGAGGAACGGUGUGAACAUUAUUGCAAUUCACCACAAAGCAGGAACACAAGCUAGCGCUACCAAUGGAGUGACUCUGGAGCUGGAGCAGGGAGAUCGGAUCUAUGUCCAGAUCUGGGAGAACCUGACCAUUGCAGAUCAAAGUCAGCUCAGCACCUUCAGCGGCUUCCUUGUCUUCCCUCUUUGAAUGGACUCUGAGAGAUGUCCAGGCCCUACAAUUGAUUUAGAAUUUAGAUGUCCAGGAUCCAAAUAAAAAAUAAAACUCUACCAUUACA